AAAGUAUCUCACUUCUACAGCAGAAAAGACGCAGGGGAGAGCUAUAGUCAAGAUUGGGUCCUGGGUGUUUGCUGCAACGAGGCUCAACAUUAAGGAGACAUGGAUAGUUUAAUUAAGUGGAUGAAGACGGUGUCCUUUCUGCUGGCUCUGAUCUAUGGCUGUUACGGUAGACCUCAAGAUCUUUCUGGAACAAAGUUCAUCAUCCCAGUUGAGACAAGCAACUCAUUUGUAAAACUCACUGGCAACUUCUCAAAGCCUAUUACUGCCAUGACUAUGUGUCAGAGGUUCUUCACUGAUGUGCAAAGAGAUCAGUCCCUUUUCUCACUGGCAACCCCUUCUAAUGCCAAAGAUAUCAAUCUGUUGCUCCAAUCAAGCGGUGGGUAUCAGUUGAGCAUCCGAGGAGAUAGCGUAAUUUUCCGUGGGAUGCCGGAAAACAGAAAUGCAUGGAUCUCCUUUUGUUUCACUUGGGACUCUAAAACUGGUCUCAACCAGAUCUGGGCAAAUGGUAGACGAAGUGCAUGGAAGAUUUUAAAGGUAAAUGGCCCUAUAAUCGGAAAACCAAGUAUAAUCUUAGGGCAAAACCAAGGAAGUUAUGGGGGAGGUUUUGUAGCAUUCCAAUCAUUCACUGGUGAUAUUACCGAUGUCCAUUUCUGGGACACUAUGAUCUCUCCCUGUCAAAUAAAACUGUAUAUGCAAGGGAAAAACUUUAUUCCAGGAAACAGUAUUAACUGGCAGGCAAUGGAAUUCACUGCUGGGGAAAAAGUAUUUGAACAGUUAAGUGACUUUUCUUGUUAGCAAAUGUAGAGCAGUUAUUGAUCAUUUUUGUAACAAAUUCUGCUGACAGUAAUUUUUUAAAACAUAUUCAUGGUAACUUAAACUAUAAAUCUCAAUCUUUUGCAAAUCACAAUGUCAUAAUAAUAUUUUACAGAAUGUAAUAAUUUCAUGUUCCUGAUGAACAUAGCAGAAUGAAAACAGAAUAAGCCUAGAUAAGAAUGUCAAUAAAGAUGCAAUAAUAUUACAUAAAUAUACAUGUGUGUAUUUCUUUGUGCAUUGGAAUGUGUGCACAGGUCAUUUAAAAUGCAGAUAAAUUGCUUUGCUGACAAAUUGAAGUAAGAACUAAAUAUGCUGUCACCGUUUUAACUUGCCUGUGAACUGGAUAUGAAUACAUAUUCAAUUGUGGAAAAAAGUAUUGGCAACCUUUCACUGUUAAAAUAAAGAACAAUUGUAAAUUCA